AUGACAGCUACUACCACCCAAUUAGUGGUAAAACAUGAACUGAAGUCAGAUACAAAGAAGCUAGAUCAUGACUCAAAUGAACAGGUUAAAGAAUCGUUACGGCUAAUUGAAGAUUUAAAAUUUUUUUUAGCUACUGCUCCGGCAAAUUGGCAAGAAAAUCAAGUGAUUAGAAGGUAUUACUUAAAUCACGAUGAAGGUUUUGUUAGUUGUGUUUAUUGGAAUAAUUUAUAUUUUAUCACCGGUACCGAUAUUGUUCGUUGUAUCGUUUAUAAAUUUGAACACUUUGGUAGAAAAAUCAUUGAUCGUAAGAAAUUUGAAGAAGGUAUCUUUUCAGAUUUAAGAAAUUUAAAAUGCCAUCAAGAUGCUAUUUUAGAAUCUCCAAGAUCAGAGUUUUUGAAUUUUUUAUUUAAAAACGCUUGUUUACGGACCCAAAAGAAACAGAAGGUUUUCUUUUGGUUUAAUGUUCCUCAUGAUAAAUUAAUGGCUGAUGCUUUAGAAAGAGAUUUUAAAAAGGAAAAAGCUGGUCAA